UUAUAUUGUAAUUUCGUGUUGAUACCCAUCUUCCACCUUCGUCAGUUUCUUACUUCUGUGCCACCACCUCUCUCUUUCUUCCUCCUCCUUCUUCUUCUUCUUCUUCUUUUUCUUCCUUUUCUUCUCUUGCUGUUAAACUUGUUGGAAGCAUGGCUCUUUCCGGAGGUCACAAAGAUAGAGAGUUGAGAGUUCAUGAAAGUUUGGAUGAGCUUAGCACUGAUUUGGCAGACUACAUUGCUGAACUAUCAGAGGCAUCAGUGAAGGAGCGGGGUGUCUUUGCAAUUGCUUUAUCUGGUGGUUCUCUCAUUGGCUUAAUGGGGAAACUCUGCGAAGCUCCUUAUAACAAGACUGUAGACUGGGCCAAAUGGUACAUAUUUUGGGCUGACGAGCGUGUUGUGGCAAAAAACCAUGCUGAUAGCAAUUACAAGCUUGCAAAGGAUCGCCUUUUGUCUAAGGUACCUAUAAUUCCCAGUCAUGUGCAUUCUAUUAAUGACACAGUGUCAGCAGAGGAGGCUGCUGAUGAUUAUGAGUUUGUCAUUCGUCAGUUGGUGAAAUCUCGUGUGAUCAGUGUGUCUGAUAUAAGUGACUGCCCCAAAUUUGAUCUCAUCCUCCUGGGAAUGGGGCCUGAUGGCCAUGUUGCCUCGCUAUUCCCUAACCACUCGGCACUUGAGGAGAAAGAUGAAUGGGUUACUUUUAUAACUGAUUCCCCCAAGCCUCCACCUGAGCGAAUCACAUUCACUUUGCCCGUCAUCAACUCGGCAUCCAAUGUAGCUAUAGUCGCGACCGGUGACAGCAAAGCAGAGGCUGUGCACUUGGCAGUCGAUGACGUGGGAUCUGACUCCCCAUCAGUGCCGGCAGGGGUUGCCCAGCCACUGAAAGGAAAGUUGGUGUGGUUUUUGGAUAAGGCAGCUGCCUCAAAACUUGAGGGUUCCCAAUUUUCUGCAUAGGGUCGAAAUCUCAUCAUGUCCAAGUGUAUGUUUGUAUGUAGUGGAGGGAUUCAACACCUGUGAUUCUAUUUCGUUUUCGUUAGCCACCUUUUGUUCAAGCUUUUGGGCUAAUCUCCCCAUUUUGCCUUGCCUUCCUCUCUGGUUUAGUGGGGUUUGGAGAAGUGUGAUUACUAUCCUUUUGUAAGAAGAGGUCAAUAAAGUUGGGGUCUUAAUGCAAAAGCCAUUUCUGGUUCUAUUUGCUUAUAGGAAUGGCUCAAGGUCGAUGGAUGAUGUUCUCAUUGGUAAACCAACCCAUGGACAUUUUGAAGAGUAGCCUAUUGAUAUUCAGCAAAGGUCUUGUUUUUUGGCCCCCUGGUGCUCUGUAAUUUUCUCUACUUUCGGUUCUCAAUUUUUGGUCAAUAUCUCCAUACAAAUGGACCAUAGAGGGCAUUAUUUAUAUUAAUUAAGAAGCGAGGGCCCCACCCAAAUGAUGAUUAUAUUGUUCUUAUUUGCUCUUGAGCUCUUAAACAUAAGAUCUUGAACAUCUCAGAUAGGAAUUAGACAAGAUCAAAGGUUUUUCUGAUAUUA